GCUUUGUCCGAUGCACAGUGAUCACCAGAAGGCAAAAACUCCGACGCUCCACUGAAACUUCGAAGACCUCAAAUCACUCUUCCAUGGCUUUCCAUUCAAAUGGCAGCCUCUAGAGUAUAAAAGUUUCAGAAUUUACACUUUUUGAGCUAGUGGAGAAGGAGAAGCAUGAAGGGCCAUGAACACAAGAUUCCAAGAAUGGAGGACAUUCUUAACCUUCCAGUACAAGAUCCUCCAUGUGCGGAGUUUUCUGCGGCUCAUAUCAAAUGGGUAAAAGUAGAAGGCGGUCGCCAAGGUGGCGAUGAUAUUGCCCUAAUCCCAUUUGCUAGAGUGGGUGAUUUUGUGAAAGGAGAAUCUUCAAAUGCAGAAUGCCCUGCUAGCUUCCGCAUUGAGUCAAGAAGGAGGAGACCUGAGGGCAGCAUCAGCAAGCCAAGGGUUGACGGCUAUCUUGAGUAUACACUAUACUGGUGUUCUUAUGGUCCUGAGGAUUACCGAGAAAAUGAAUCUGGUUUGGUGGAUGGUUCUAGUACAAAGCCUGCAUCCGGAAAGGGAAGCAGGCCUGGGAGGCGUCACAUGAUGAGGGGCUGCAUCUGUCAUUUUACUGUAAAACGCUUAUAUACCCGGCCACUCCUAGCUCUCAUCAUCUAUAACCAGAGAAAUCAUGUAGACAAAUCAGGAUCACCUUGUCAUGGUAUACUUGAUCAGGAUGCUAUGGGAACGAGAGCCAUGUAUGCUCCACGAAUUUCAGAGGAGCAACGCCAGAAAGUGAUGUCUAUGCUUUAUAUCGGAAUACCUUUGGACAGUAUAGUUCAGCAUCACAUGGAGAUGGUCGAGGGGCAUGGGGGACCUCAUAACCGUGAUGAUUUUCUAAGUCGUAAUGAUGUUCGUAACAUGGAAAGGGUGAUUCGCAAUUCUUCUCAUGAGUUGCAUGAAGAUGAUGAAUGCAGUAUAAGGAUGUGGGUUCAACGCCAUCGCAAGAAUGUGUUCUAUUUUCAAGAUAGCUCUGGUUCAGAACCAUUUGUUUUGGGGAUGCAGACAGAUUGGCAGCUGCAGCAGUUGGUCCAAUAUGGACAUAAUGGUUACAUAGCUUUCCAUUCAACAUUUGGCUUAAAGAAACUUAAGUAUCCCUUGUGUACAUUACUUGUUUUCAACGCAUCACGGGAUGCAAUACCAGUUGCUUGGGUCAUUACCUCGUCUUUUGUCAGUCAAGAUAUCCAUAAAUGGAUUGGGCUACUGGCUGAAAGAAUCCAAACCAAGGAUCCAAGAUGGAGACUCGAUGCCUUUUUAGUGGAUGAUCCUUCCUUUGAAAUUUCUAUAAUAAGAGAGGCUUUCCAAUGCCGGGUCUUAUUAUGCAUCUGGCGUGCUCGGCAUUCUUGGAUAAGAAGACUUUUAAAGACAUGCUGCAACUUUGAUGUGCAGCGAGAAAUGUUUAAGCACUUAGGCUGGCUUUUGUAUUGCACAAGAAGGCCAAAUACUAUGGAUUCAGUUGAGGAGUUUAUGCAAGUAUUUGUUGAUCAAUGUGCCUUUAUGGAUUAUUUUAAGAGUCGAUGGUUACCAAAUAUAGAGUUGUGGGCCAAUGGCAUAAGGUCUCUUCCUGUGGCUGGUCCAGAGCCAAAUGCUGCAAUCGAGUCCUAUCAUCUAAGGUUGAAAUCCAAGCUUUUCAAUGAACAAUAUGUUAAUUCUUGGUCAAGAGUUGACUGGUUAAUCCACACACUUACAACUGAAUUUCAAUCUUCAUAUUGGUUAGACCAAUAUAGCAUAGAGACUGGGUAUUUUGAAAACUUGAGGGACAAAUCUUUCUCAACAAAUGCUUGGUAUCAGGCUUUGCAGAUCCUAAAUGUUGAUGUCAUACUGGAUGAGCAAAAUCUCCAGUAUGCAAAAGUCAUCUCACAAACAGACAGAAGCCUGGCAUACACUAUUUGGAACCCUGGUUCUGAGUUCUCAUUGUGUGAUUGCCCUUGGUCAAGGCUAGGAAAUCUCUGCAAGCAUGUCAUCAAGGUGGCAAUCACAUGUAAAAGUCGGCAGGUUGCAAGACCAUUAUUGUCUGCCCAAGUUUAUCGGCAGGCCUUGCUUACCCUUCUUCAAAACCCCCCAGAUGAUCCUGUAGUUCUUGACCAUGCCAUUUUACAUGCAACCCGCUUGCAACAGGACAUUAAAGGCUUGGAAGUAUUAUCUAAUAGUGGGUUGCUCCAGCCUUUACCUUCAGAGAUUAGUUCUCAUGUAGCAGACAAUAUACUUUUUCCUCGUCUCCACUGAUUAGGCCAUCAAAAAGGAGAUGGAAACAUGCACGAGGCUUGAAGUUAUGAUCUUUGAUCUGGCGCAUGGUUAAGACUUGAUGUACAGUUCAGACUGUACCUCAGUGAGCUUUGAAAUGCUUUGGUAUUCAUGACUCUCCCUGUCUCUUUCACUCAGAUGCAGACUUGCAUUAUGGAGCAAAAGAUGGAACGCAGAUUUUACAAUUUCUUAUUCAGAGUCGUAAAUAUUGAAGCAGAGCAUUGUAGAAGUUUGCAGGAAGAAGCAAUCAGGUGUAAGGGUGUGAUGUGUAGUUUUGAAAAAUUUGAAGACCGUGUUGAAGUGGUAGAGAUCAUGAAUUCGUGGCAAUUAUUUUUAAUGUGGAAAUUCGUUUCCAAGUCAUGGGACUUUAGUCACUCUAGUGUAUCAGUCUCUAAGCUGUCUGGGAAGGUGGAGAAGAAAUGGAAGGAAUCACUAAUAAAACAGUGGUGGUGGUGGUGAGGCAUAGGAGACACCGAUAGUUGGUGGCAACGGGCCAUCAUACACUGGAGCUGGCGGUGAAGGUGGAGGUGGAGAAGGUCUCAUACAUGGUGGCGGAGAUGGAGGUGGAGAAGGUGAAGCGGGUGGUGGAGAAUAAAUGGGUGGUG